UAAGAUAGGAAAGGGCACUGAAGGAUGAAACUCUGGGUCUGGGCCAUCCUUAUACUCCGACUUCGACCGCUACUUGUACAAUCAAUAUCAACGACGACAACAACAGUGUCCGCUGCUCUAGUCUUAGUGCCACUCCCGCUGCCACUGCAUUUAGUUUUAGCAUCCAUCGUGGUAAAACUCUGCAGCUACAUCACAAUCACAUCACAAAUUACGACCAGCCACCAUGGGCAACUGCGGCACUAGAGAGGAAUCUGCUGUUGUUUCCCAUGCUCAAGCAGUUCAACAGCUCCACAUGUUAGCUAAAAAUUCUAACACCCCCACUCCGACUCCAACCGACAAGGACAAGGACAAGAAGCACAAUCGGUCCGUCUCAGAUCUGAGCGAUCCUUCAACCCCUCGCAACUUUGAGGACUCUGGAAAAAAUGCUGUCCUCUAUACCCACGUCAUUGCCUUCACAUUAUACGAGCUCGAGACUAUCACGAAGAGCUUCCGAUCCGAUUAUAUUCUCGGGGAAGGUGGUUUCGGCACCGUCUACAAAGGUUACAUCGACGAGAAUCUCAGGGUUGGACUCAAAUCCCUCCCUGUUGCCGUUAAGGUUCUCAACAAGGAGGGCCUACAGGGACACCGAGAGUGGCUUACCGAAGUUAACUUUCUUGGCCAGCUAAGGCAUCCGAAUCUGGUUAAAUUGAUUGGAUAUUGUUGCGAGGAUGACCACAGGUUACUCGUUUACGAGUUCAUUCCGGGCAGCCUUGAGAAUCACCUCUUUCGAAAGGCAGCUGUUCCGUUAUCAUGGGCCACUAGAAUGAUGAUUGCUCUUGGAGCUGCCAAAGGGCUGGCUUUUCUUCAUAAUGCUGAAAGGCCAGUUAUAUACAGAGACUUCAAAACUUCUAACAUAUUAUUGGACUCUGAUUAUACAGCGAAGCUUUCUGAUUUUGGGCUUGCUAAAGCUGGACCACAAGGUGAUGAGACCCAUGUAUCGACUCGAGUAAUGGGUACCUAUGGUUAUGCUGCCCCUGAAUACGUGAUGACUGGUCAUCUGACUGCCAGGAGUGAUGUCUACAGCUUCGGAGUUGUCCUUCUGGAGCUUUUGACGGGAAGAAAGUCCGUUGAUAAGACAAGGCCAAGCAAGGAGCAAAACUUGGUAGAUUGGGCCCGGCCGAAACUGAACGACAAGAAAAAGUUACUGCAAGUUAUUGACCCUAGAUUGGAGAAUCAGUACUCUGUAAGGGCAGCACAGAAAGCCUGCAGCUUGGCAUACUAUUGUUUGAGCCAGAAUCCCAAAGCAAGGCCCUUGAUGAGUGACGUAGUCGAAACUUUGGAGCCUCUACAAAGUUGCAGUGACACUAUGAGUGAAGUCUCGUCAUCAUCAAGUACUGUUGGUGGUCCCUUUGUAAUGGGUGGAAUCUCAAAUUACCGUAUGCAUCAUAGGUUUGCAAAGAAUGUCGGUCCAGGUUCCAGUUGUCGAUCUCCCAACCCAAAUUGUUCCCCUGGCGGCCCUGCAGCAUGCAGGGUUAGGUGACCUGUCCAUGUACUUGUUUGGCGUGCUUUUUCUCCCAGCCUAUUAAAAUGACAGAAGUCGUAUGUUUGCCCUUUGUUUCUCUCACGUACAUCAUGGUAUCUAAUCAUCCCAAGCCUUGGUCAACUAUUUUUUCUCCGGCUUGGUGCUUAUAUCAAUGCUCCGAUCGUAUUUGCUUCCCAAUCAGAGUGUUGCCAUGUGAGAAGCUAUUUUACCAUGCGAACGAACAUUAUAAUUGCAGAAUUUGUGGUGUA